UGGACUGUUUGUUGUUGGCCGAGUGCAGAUUUUUGCUCGGUCAGAUUUAAAAAAUUGUGAAUUAAACUAUGUGAUUUAUGAGAUAGAAUGAUGCGGAAUUGUUUUUAAAAAAAUAUUACCGCACUUCUCUCACUAAAAUUUGGACCAACACUUACCCAUUGUAAUAUGUUCAUCCGAGGAAUCGUUAUCCACUUUAUAUUUCUUUUCUCCAUUUUUGAUAUUUAUUUUAAGUCUCCAAUUGUAAGGAAUGUAAUUCCUUAUCAGCCACGUCAUGAAGCCCUUGCUGACCGGCUUGUUCUUUUUAUUGUUGAUGGACUUAGAGCGGAAUCGUUUGUAAAUUAUUCUACAAUGCCUUAUCUCAGAUCAGUGGCAAACAACCAUGGAAGAUGGGGCAUAUCCAACACACGUAUGCCUACAGAAUCCCGCCCAGGGCAUGUGGCUGUAAUUGCAGGAUUCUAUGAAGAUCCGUCAGCUGUUCUUAAGGGUUGGAAAGAAAAUCCUGUAGAUUUCGACUCUGUGUUCAACCAGAGUGCCUACACAUGGUGUUGGGGUGCAUAUGAUAUUGUACAAAUCUUCACGAAAGGAGAUGUUGAUGACCACAUUUUUGUCAGCAUGUUUGAUCCCUACGAUCAGUCUUUUAGUACUGAUAAAAACACGACUCAUUUGGAUGCCUGGGUCUUCGACAAUGUUAAAAAUUUCUUUUACAAUGCUAAACUAGAUAUUACUGUUAAUGCUAUGUUGCGUGUACCAAAGAUAGUUUUCUUUUUACAUUUACUGGGCACUGAUACUUCUGGUCACACACACAAGCCUAAAACACAAAACUUUUUGACUACUUUGAGGCAUGUAGAUGAGGGGAUCAAAGAUAUAGAGAGGCUUGUAACAAAUUUUUAUAAUGAUGAUGGGAGAACUACAUUUUUGAUGACUUCUGAUCAUGGCAUGACUGACUGGGGGUCCCAUGGAGCUGGUUUAGAACAUGAAACUGAAACGCCAUAUGUGAUAUGGGGUGCUGGGGUCCAACCUGUCAAGAGUGAGCAGAUGGAUCCUGAAACUUUAGGCAUGUCUCUCAAUCACAGAUUUGAUAUUAAUCAAGCUGACCUAGCACCACUCAUGUCCACAAUACUUUCAAUUCCUGUUCCUGUUAAUUCAGUGGGUGAAUUGUCUACAGAAGUACUAAAUAUAACUCUUUCUGAUAAGGCUAAAGCUGUAUACAGCAAUAGUAGACAGCUAGCUUCACAGUAUGAUAGAAAACGACAGGAUGUAGAAAAUAGUGCUCUAACAGCACUCUACAAGCCUUUUGAGGCAUUUACCAAGGAGAAGUACAAUGAAGCCAUAGAAUUCACUGAAAGGAUGCUUGAGGGUGAAGCCUUAGACCCUGGAGAAUAUGAGAAACUCAUUCUUUUGAGUGAAGAAAUAUCAGAUCUAAGCCUUAUUGGCUUAGAGUACUACCAAAAUUAUUAUCAAAAUCCCUUGCUGGUGCUAGUCACAUUAUCGUUUGUUGGUUGGAUAAUGUGCUUAGUGAAGACAUUAUUGGAACAGAAAAUAAACAACCAAACAGAAUCAUCUUCUAGUAUAAAUAUAUGUCAUUACAGGAAAAGAAAAAUCUUGAAACAUUUCAGCCACCUCUCAAAUGCAUUUUAUUUUAUACUAUGUAUAAUAGCAUUUGGUUUAGUAUUUGUACAAAGUUUACCAUUCCAGUAUUAUAUUUAUUUUUUAAUGCCCAUUAUCUUAUGGAGGUGGGCACUAAGGCCUUUCAGUUUGUGGAUACAGCUACUAAAACAAUUCAAAAGUGUUAGAGAGAUUUAUGCUGUGUGGAUACAAAGUUUGUGCUACACUCUAGGAUCAUUUGCAUUGGGCAUGUCAUUCUCAUACAGAUGGAUGCUUAGUAUACCACUGCUGGGGAUGGCUAUAUGGCCUUUCCUCUCCUCAUCUAGGAAGCACCUGACAAAACAAAUACUUUUGGCCUGGCCUGCUAGCUGUAUUCUUCUAAGUAUUUUCUCUUUUAUGCCAGUAGUGGGAAAGGACACUUUCAUAGACUUGGUAAUAGGUGCAGGCAUAGUCUGGUUAACAUUCCUUAUUUUAUACAGUUGGAAAGUACUAUUCCCCCUUUAUCAUCGCAAUGAAGAAACAGGGAAAGCUAUAGUAUUAAAUUUUAUCCAAAUUUUGCUACUAGCUGCUUCACUACAAAAUAUUUAUAGCCAAUCUAUAAGAUUUGAUACAGGGACACCGGUAUCGCAAAUAUAUCAAGGGUUUGCGUGGAUUAUUUCUGUUAUUUCAUUCAUAUUACCACUAGCAUUCUCAAAAAGACUGAUUUGCCGUCUUGUGGCGAUAUAUACUUCGAUUUUAAACUUUUAUCUACUGCUCUCUGUUUCCCAUGAAGGACUUUUUAUGGUCGUUCUAAUAUUCAAUGCAGCUUGUUGGAUGGUUAUUGAACAUAAACUAUUAAACGCAAAUAACAUGGGGAUACUAGAAUACAAAUUCGAUGAGUAUGAAGAUUCGUCAAAAAAUUUGCUAACUUUUGAAAGAAGCAUAAGCAGGCAAGAUUUCAGGAGAGCAUUUAUAUUCACCUUAUACAUCAUUUUAGCAUUUUUCGGGACAGGGAAUAUCGCGUCGCUCAAUUCGUUUGAAGUGAGAUGGGUGACGUGCUUUAUAACAUCAUUUAAACCGUUUAUUAUUACUGGGUUAAUACUUCUGAAGACGUUGUCGCCAUUCCUAUGUGUAGCUUGCACGUUCAGAGCGGUUCAGCAUUUAACAAAGGCUCCAACGGGUUAUUUACAUAUCAUAGUAUUGAUUUACUCCAACAUAAUGGGAAUACAAUUGCUUUACAACGUCAAGAACUACGGAAGUUGGUUGGACAUAGGCACUUCAAUUUCACAGUUUGUUAUUGUCCAAGUGAUCACAUUAUUUAUUGUAUUAAUCAAUCAGAUCGCGAAGAUAUUGACCGAUAUCAGCAUGCAAAUGUUUAUUGGAGGAGUAUUUGGAGAAAGUUUGAAGAAAUAUGUUUAAAACACUGACUUUCUGGGUAGGUAGUUAGACACAAUAUUAAUGUGGGUAUUUAAACUUGAUAAUCAAGACAUAAUAAUUUAUUAUUACUCUAAUUCUUUACAAGAAUCGUACUAGUCAUAUAAUGAAAAUAAUGUUUGUUAACGUUAUUAAACAAAUAAAGGAUCAAAUCAA